AAGAUAGUCUGUCUGCUGUUUGUCAGUACAGUAGAGUAAUUUGAACUGCUGGAACGUACGUACGUGAAGCGCGCUUGCAACGGGUCUUCGGGGCAGGUUUCUCGCGAAUAAAUAGUUUUUUUUUUCUUAUACUUUUGGGGUCCAACUUGCUAGCCAUACUCGAUUAAACGUUAACGCAAUAACGGUACGAUCAGUUAGAAAACGACAUUUUUUGAAGUACUCGCGUUUUUGUAAUCGGGAUUAGUGGAAAAUCCCGAGCUGCGGUCAAGCGGUGGAAGUAAUUGUGCAAAACCGGAAUUUCGCGAGCAGAGAAUUUUCGAUUUUUUUUUUUUCAACUUGACAAGUUAAAUUAAUUUAUUAGCGUAAAAUUAAUGAGUGAAACGCAAAACAAAGGAAAGUUUAAAAUUCAUAAAAUUUAAUAAAAACAAAAAACUACGUAGAAUAAAAUUUAAUAUAAGAAAUAAGGCGAAACUGGUUCUUACACUGAAAUGCUGCCACUGCUUAUGGCCUUUGUGAAUGUUCAAUGAGAAACGAAUACCAAUACCAAUACAUCCAAAAACAACAAAAAAGUAAAAAACAAAAAACUUGACAACAACACUCAAUAACAGCCGUCAAAAUCGACGUGUCGUUAUGAAAACCGGACCUGAAGCGACUGAAAUUCCAAUGUUGACACAAAAAUUUGUAAGAAAUAAGAAGUAAAUAAAAAAGCAGAAAGAAGUAUUGAAAUGACAUUUAAAGCAAAUAAAACACGAAAUUAAAAAAUUCAAAUUUAAGCGGCAGCACCACAAAAAUUAGCAAUAGAAAAAAUACAAUACAAAAAAUUGCAAUACAAAAGCAAAAAACAAAAAUAAAAAAAAAGUAAAUCACAAAUUCCAACGACACCCCCCAAUACAAAACCAACAACAAUAGCAUUGUAGUUUUAAAUGCAGUUACACCUAGAAAAUCAACAAAAUAAAUUCAAAUAAAAGCAAGGUGAGACGCUAGAAAAAAUUCUACAUAAUUUGGUUUGCAAAUUUCCUCAGCUAACAACAAAAACAACAAAAGAGCAGCGGAAAAUCACAAUCAAGCAACAACUAAACGAAUUACAAAAACAAAACAAAAAUUAAAAAGUUAACAAUAGUUGAAACAAAAAUUCCAGCGGCCAAAUCAACCAACUCCUCUCAACUGGAUAUAACACACACAUAUGCACACAAACCCACACUCCUUCGCAUAAAUGUUUUAGCCUUCAACAACGACCCACUCACAACAAAAAUAAAUUGAAACAACCAACCAACUCAAGUACAUUUGUGUGUAAUUGAUACUAAUUCUGUGUGGAUAUUUAAUUAAUGGCAGUUUAAUAAAACCAUAAGCGGCUGUUCAUUGCAAAAACACAUAUAAUAUUUAUUGCAAUAACAAUAACAAUAACAAAAAGAAGACACAGGAAAAAAAACGGAGACAAUCACACACACACACACACUUACAAACACUUAAGCGAGAACAAAAAAAACUUGAUAAAUUUGUGAUAUCGAGAUGUGAGAGACGCAAAAGCAUCCAAAAUUACUGAUAGAUCUUACCAAGCAAGCAAUCAGUAAAACAAUAAUAACAACAACACGUUUAAGCAUCGCAAUUUUUUCAAAAUUUAACGGUCAGUCGUAUGCAACAACCCUUAGAGCACGCAUUCGCCGAGCUCUAACGCGCUAACAAGCAACAGUGAGUCAGUAAACGAGCCAGUCAGUCAGCCAGUCAGUCAAGCAAGUGAGCACGACCAGCCGGAAAGCACGACAGGAAGGAAGGAAGGAAACGGGUCGACAGUAGUAGCGGAGCGCUCAAUUUAAUACCGCUAUGGGAAAUUCAUCGUCACACACACACGAACCACUGGAGCGCGGCUUCACACGCGGAAAAUUUGGUGAUGUUAAAAAUGGGAAAUCCGCAUCAUUUCGCUUUAGCAAGAAAUCACCAAAGAAAAUGGAUCGCUUGCGUCGAUCCUUUCGUGAUUCGUUUCGUCGUCGGAAGGACCGUGUACCCGAAUCAUCGAAGCCGCAUCAAUGGCAGGCAGAUGAAGAAGCAGUACGUUCGGCGACCUGCUCGUUUGCGGUGAAAUAUUUGGGUUGCGUUGAGGUAUUCGAGUCGCGCGGUAUGCAAGUUUGCGAGGAGGCCCUAAAAGUAUUGAGGAAUUCGCGCCGCCGACCCAUACGCGGAGUGCUGCACGUUAGCGGAGAUGGACUACGCGUCGUGGACGAUGAGACGAAGGGCCUCAUUGUCGAUCAGACAAUCGAGAAAGUGAGUUUCUGCGCUCCAGAUCGUAACCACGAACGCGGCUUCAGCUACAUUUGUCGCGAUGGCACUACACGGCGUUGGAUGUGUCAUGGGUUUCUUGCGUGUAAAGAACUCGGCGAACGACUCUCACACGCUGUGGGUUGCGCUUUUGCCGUCUGUUUGGAGCGUAAGCAACGUCGCGAUAAGGAAUGUGGUGUCACAAUGACGUUCGAUGUUAAAAAUUCGACAUUUACGCGUACCGGUUCGUUCCGCCAGCAAACAAUGACCGAGCGUUUAGCGCAAGGCGAAACACCAUCGGCUGUUGUGCCACCACAGCCAAAACCCUACAAUCCCUUCGCCAUUGAGCGUCCGCAUGCUACACCUUCAAUGUUGGAACGUCAGGGGUCGUUCCGCGCAUUCAGCACCAUCGGCAGCCAGUCACCGUUUAAGCGACAGAUGUCACUGCGGAUUAACGAUCUUCCGUCCAACACAGAAAGACAGAAAGCAUUUUUAGCGGCUGCCAGUGGCGGCUCGCUUGCCGCUGCACUGGCUACGCCAAAUCGUAGUGUUUCACCAAUACCAGAGAUCUCACCAGCUAAACUGGGCAUCGCAGAUAUGGAUAAUGGCAUCGAUACGGUUAGCCAGUUGUGUCAGGAGCUCAGUCAGGGUCUAUCGUUGCUCAGCCAAACCGAUGCAAUGAUCGCUGCUGGUGACGACCUGAAUUUCAACAACAACUUGAGCAUUAAUCAGAAUAUUAUUGCGGCCGAAAAGACGCAACAACACAAGGGAAUCUCCACACCAACUGCCUUGCCGGCCACCAGCAGCAACCAUAGCAUUACCACUGGCAGUAAAGGAUAUGAAUAUGUCGAGGGUGUAGUCAGUAGCAGCAGUUCAAUGGUUGGUGUAGCCACUACACCUACGGUAUCAGUAGCGCCACGCAUCUCCUCGGUGUCGCCAGUAUCCACCAAUUCACCAGUGCGGACGCCUACAACACCAACGUUGACAAUGACGCCGCCACCACCACCACCACCAACAGCACGUCCUGUGGAAGUGGUCGCACCACUGCCCAAUGCCGAUCAAUGGCUGGGUGAAGUAGUGAAGAAGACAUCGCCAGCAGCCAUCAAACGCGCGCCACGUAUGCUCAGCUCGACUGGGCGUACACAAUCAAUGAGCGCCGCGCCUGCCUUAGGUGUUGAUCCCUUCGACGCCGAGUGGGUGGCCGGCGUUACAAAGCCACUUUCACCCGAUCUGCCUGUGGCGCCCACAAUGCCAGUGGCGACCGCAGUUACGACCCCGGUGAGCAGUACAGCUGCACCAUUACACAGUACCAAUCCAUUCAUUUCACCGCCGAAGGUACCGGCUCAAACAUUCCAGGUGCAGCUGUAGAUAAAAGAGUUGGUAUGAAAAGUACUCGUACUGCUAAGUAGGAGAUAUCAGUGAGGGAGAAUCUAUGGCACGAUUGAUGUGUUCGAGUAAUGGGUGAUGAAGAUUAGCAACUCAAAUAAGACAGGCGAAUGUAGAGCAAAACGAUUGCAGAGACAAUGGGCGACGAAGCAACCAAUCGACUGUCGAGUCGCAUUUGCAAAACAUGUAGCAAACGAAUCCUGGGCUACGUAUGGUUACUUCGGUGUUACUUUCAUUUACGUAUCAAUGCCUAAAUGUAUGCAAUGUUGGACUGUUUUCAAAGCUUUGGCAAUCGCUUCAAUACUUUUGAAUUAGUUCAAACGUGGUGAAAAGGUAACCGAUGCCUUUUGGUAUAGUAUUAACCCUUUAGAAACUGGUUAAAAAUGCAGUUGACUUUAAAAUUGUACAUUUUCAUAAUUUUCUACAUUCCAAAUUAUUUCCACACCAUGCAAAUGGAAACUGGUUGCUUAUGCACUAGUACUGAUCCAGCAAAACCAAUUUGUUUAAAGAUUGCAUUUGUAAUAAAUUUGAAUACUUCUAAAAUAUAUCUGACUAGUGAGAAUACAACUAGUUUCUUUCGGACUAGUCCGUGAAAAAUUGAAAUUUUAAAAGCUUCCGAAAAAAUAUCAAGUUUUUAUAUAUUACUUCUAAAAUAUUUCUGACUAGUGAAAAUGAAACUAGUUUAUUUCAAACUAGCGCUCGUUUAAACAUCAUUUGUGAGGAUUCUCCUAAAUUUUUAAACUUGUAUAAAAGUGAGUGCCUCUUUUUUGAUUCGUAUAUAUUAAUUUGUAUAAAAUUGUAUAAAUUCGUGAAAAUUGUGUUACUCACUUCAUACUGGCAAACAAUUUUUGCAACCUUUUCAAUACUCUUGAAUUAGUUCAAAUCUGGUGAAAAGGAAACCGAUGUUUUUUGGUACUAACCUUUUAGAAACUGGUUAAAAAUGCAGUUUCAUAAUUUUCUACUUUCCAAAUUAUUUCCACAUUAUUCAAAUGGAAACUGGUUGUUUAUGGACUAGUACCAGCCAAAUUAAUUUUUUGAAACAUUGCAUUUUAAAUAAAUUUCUAUACUUCCAAAAUAUUGCUGACUAGUGAAAAAGAAACUAGUUCCUUUCGGACUAGUCCGUGAAAUAUUUAAAAUUUGAAAAGCUUUCGAAAGAAGAGCACACUGCGAUUAAAUGUCAUUUGCUAGUUUUGUUCCAAAUGCUCGAUGCAGCGAUGUUAUAGUUGUUGUGAAUAGUAUUUUAGAGUAAAAUACGGACAGAGAUGGAGAUAGAGUGAUAAAGAGGAACAACGUGUUUGCAUUACACAUAACUAAAUUAUUCAUUUUAAAUGUACUUAAAUAAUUUAUAAAUAAGUUACAGCAGCUGAAGCAGAAUUACUUAAAGUAAUCUGUAAAACAGAGAAUUAACACAGAUUAAAAAUAAUAAAAAAAAAAACACCAGCUGGGCAAAACGCCAAGUGAUAAACGAGACAGCCUAGAAUGGAGCAGAGUGUAGUAAAGUAGAAUAGCGAAAAACUAAAAAAAGACCUUAGAUUAUGUAUUAAAAAUAUAUAAAUCUAAAAUAUCAACUAAAUAUCAAUUACCCGCUGUAAUUAACUAAAAAAUAACAAAAACAAAAACAAAUAAAUAAAAAACUUGCACACAUAUAGGCAGAGAAAAUAAACGCAUUGCAACACACUGUUAAUAGAGUUAUUAAUGUUAAUUGUACUUAAUGAAUGGCUUAUGGAAUGAAGAAUUAAAAAUACAUAUGAAAAAUGAAGAACAAAAUUUAAAUAAAUAAAUUUAAAAACUAAAAUUAAAAAAAUAAAAAACAUAGCUUAUUUAGAGAAAGUUUGAAAACAGCCAGAAAUGCGCACUUCAUGCAUGCAGAGUGGGAUGCCACUGAAAAUCAUACAAUCAGAAACCUUUUAAAAACUAAAAAAAAAACAAUUUAAUUUAUACAGUUAUACAGUUUUGCCGCUGAUGCAAUUCUAAUGUAACAAUGCAAGUUUUAAGUAGUGACUUUUGAGCAUUUAGAAGGCAUGAAAAUGAAACCAAUGUUUUUUGGUGUAGGAUUAACCUUUCAGAAACUGAUUAGAAAUAGAAUUAAAAAUUGGGCGUUUUCAUAAUUUUCUACGUUUCAAAUUAUUUCCACACUAUUGAAAUAUAAACUGGUUGUUUGGGGACUAGUACUAUCCCACAAACCCAAUUUUUUAAAACAUAGCAGUUUUAAUAAAUUUCUGUCUUUCUGAAAUAUUUACAAUUUGUGAAAAUGGAACUAGUUUCUUUAAGGGCUAGUUCGUGAACCAUUGAAAAUUUUCUUUCAUAAAAAUCAAAAAUUAAAAUUUCGGUUAGAUAUAUGAUUUAAAACUAUGCAUUUUCAUAAUAUUCUACGUUCCAAAUUAUUUCCACACUAUUCAAAUGGUAACUAGCUACUUGCGGACUAGUAUUGCUCCUGCAAAAUUAAUUUUUGAAAACAUAGCAUUUUUAAUAAAUUUCUGUCUUUCGGAAAUAUUUGCAGUUUGCGAAAAUGAAACUAGUUUCUUUCGGGCUAGUUCGUGAACCAUUGAAAAUUUUCGUUCGUAAAAAUCAAAAAUUAAAAUUUCGGCUAGAAAUAUAAUUUAAAAUUGUGCAUUUUCAUAAUUUUCUACGUUUCAAAUUAUUUCCACACUAUUCAAAUGGUAACUAGUUACUUGCGGACUAGUAUUGCUCCUGCAAAAUUAAUUUUUGAAAACAUAGCAUUUUUAAUAAAUUUCUGUCUUUCGGAAAUAUUUGCAGUUUGCGAAAAUGAAACUAGUUUCUUUCGGGCUAGUUCGUGAACCAUUGAAAAUUUUCGUUCGUAAAAAUCGAAAAUUCAAAUUUCGGCUAGAAAUACAAUUUAAAAUUGCUCAUUUUCAUAAUUUUCAACGUUUCAAAUUAUUUUCACACUAUUUAAAUGGCAACUGGUUGUUUGGAGACUAAUACUGUUCUAGUAUAGUAUUAACCUUUCAGAAACUGGUGAGAAAAAUAAUUUUCUACGUUUCAAAUUAUUUUCACACUAUUCAAAUUGAAAUUGUUUGCGGACUAGUACUGUUCCCACAAAACCAUUUUUUUUAAUAUAUACCUUUUAACAAAUUUCUGUUUUUCUGAAAUAUUUUCAAUUUAUGAAAAUGAAACUAGCUACUUUCGGGCUAGCUCGUCAAAUAUUUUAAAUUUUUCUUCGUAAAAAUCAAAAAGUGAAAUUUCAAUUAGAAAUUCGAGUAUAAUUUGAAAUUUUGCAUUUUCAUAAUUCAAAUGGUAACUAGUUACUUGCAGACUAGUACAUAGCAUUUUCUUAAUUUCUGUCUUUCUGAAAUAUUUGCAAUUUGUGAAAAUGGAACUAGUUUCUUUCGAACUAGUCUAUGAAACAUUGAACAAUUUUAUUCGUUAAAAUUUAAAUUUUAAAUUUCAAAAUCUGGUGAUAACUGUAAUUUGAAAUGGUAUAUUUUCAUACAAACUGAUUCAAAUGGUAACUGGUUACUUGCGGACUAGUACUGCUUCCACAAAACCAAUUUUUUUAAAUAUAUAAUUUUUAAUACAUUUCUGCUUUUCUGAAUUAUUUCCAAUUUGUGAAAAUGAAACUAGUUUCUUUCAGACUAGUUCAUGAAACAUAACAUUCAAAUUUUUUC